GUUUGCAUUUGUAGAGAUUAAUUCAAGUUAGGUAUAUUAUUAAAUUCUAAUGUUCUGUUUGUUUUUUUGUGUGCAAUUCGUUACAUAAAGAUUUUAUAAUUGCUCAAAGUAAUAUUAAACCGAUCAUUAAAAUGUCUCAUCGAGAGCGCCGCUCCAAUGCCGGCAAUCGAAUGGCAAAGUUGUUAGAUGAAGAGGAAGAAGAUGAUUUCUAUAAAACAACUUACGGUGGUUUCCAAGAGGCGGACGAGGAUAAUGAUUAUGUACAAGAGAGGGAAGCUGAUGAUGAGGUUGAUUCAGAUUUUGACAUUGAUGAGAACGAUGAACCAGCGUCAGACCAAGAAGUUGAUGAAAAAGAGAAGAAAGUCAAGAAAUUUGGCAGUAAAGUAUAUCAGGAUCCCAACAGAAGGAAAAAAACUGCUAAGGUAAAUAGAACAUUCACCAAGAAAUCGAUGGAAUCAAAACCCAAAGAGGAAGACAAGGAUGAAAAAGAAGAGGAAGCAGUAGAAGAAGUUGAAGAAGAAGAUGAUGAUGAGGAGGAUGAGGAUGAGGAUGAUUCAUCAGUAUCAUUAUCGUCAUCUGAUGAUGACGAUGAUGAUGAUGAUGAAAAAAAUGAAAAAAAUGACAAAUCAUUUAUGGAUACAUCUAUAGAAAGAAAAUCAAUAAGGCAGAGCACGGCUGUAAAAUCAGCGGAAACUCAACAAAGAAUCAAAAUCAGAUCGGAAUUAAAGAAGAAAAAGCCAAAGAAAGUCGAGGAAAGACCUCUAACACAAGAAGAAUUGCUUGAGGAAGCACUUAUAACGGAGAAAGAGAAUCUCAAGAGCUUAGAGAAAUUCGAACAGAGUGAAUUGGAAAAGAAAAAAGUUCGACCUACUAAAAAAUCAAUUACUGGACCUAUAAUAAGAUAUCAUUCGUUUGCCGUUCCUAUAGAAACUGAAGUAACGCCUGAAGACAAGCCUAGUUCAACGCCGACUACAGAUACCAAUAUUAGUGAUGUAGUAAAAAGUGAAGAUGAAAUACUAACGCCAGGAGAUUUAAGCGAAACAAACAUGUCGGUAUCGGAACCGAAUCCUGAAACCGAAGAGCCAAGCAGCAGCGCGAACAAAAUUGAUGUGGAUGUGGUCGGACCCGACGAAGAGAUCAAUAUCCAAGAUGUAUCCAUGAAAGAAGAAAAGCCACCCAAAGUGAAGGAGAACGUGCAAUACUACGAGAGGACACUGUUAUCAUUUGAGAAUGACAUCAAAAAUAAGGCGUUUAACUCAUGCUUCCCACAGAAGAAGCCGAAACGAAGACGGGAACUUUUGUGUGCUGUCACAAAGAGACCGGCGCGUUACAUAGACCCAAUAACAAAACUGCCGUACAGAAGCGUUGACGCGUUCCGGAUCAUUCGCGAAGCGUACUGUCAGCAGUUGGAGGCUCGGGGGGACCGAAACGACCCCAAAAUCGCCGCCUGGCUCAAGGCGCGGAGAGCGCAAGCUGCGUCGUCUUACGUGCAGAUACAUAUAAAAUAAUUAUAGACUUAAUAAUUAUAGCUAAUAGUCAAAUAUAAUAUUUAGGAAAUGUUUAUUUGUUACAGUAUUAUAAAUUUCUCAAUAUAAACUACGAAUGUGAAACUAAGAAGGUACAAGUCGACAUGGCGAUCGGGGUAGGCGGUAGAGUCACUACAAACAGCUUUUUUUGUAGUAAUAAUUGACGGUAAGUGGAAAAAAAUCGCCUGUUUAUAGGCGAAGAAGAUCUCUUCGCUGAGCAUGCGAGGAACACGUUUUGCAACGUGCCGCCCUGUGUCGUACGAUUUACGCCUCAUAUGUCUGUAAUUACACGGGCAACCAAGCCUAGGAACACAGCAUUGCAACAAUGCUG